ACCUGAGUCAAUAAAACCUGGUGUGAGCAGCUCAAAGUGUAAUGUGACUUGACCACCACAUCCUGCCUUAAACCUGGACCAACUCUUUCAGCUCCAACAACUGGUUUUAGCUUCUUUUUUUUUUACUUUGCGGAUCAUAAAAAGGUCACAGCCAGCCUCCUCCCGGCCGCCACUCCACACUUCAUCACAAUGCCUCAUCGCAUUUGCUCCGUUGAGAUUAACAACAACUCUGGCUGCUACACUCUCUCCAACCCAAGGGUGUUCACUGAGAGCGGCUGCUGUGAGGUCCCUCUGCCACCCAUGGUGGGUCCCUACUCAAAUGGCAGUGCAUUGUUCAACAAGACCACUGGCAGUGCGACCGGUGCCGUCAGCGUCUUCACCUACGACCUUUUCAACGCCGACCUGAACUACUACAGUCACUCCAUGGCUGUCAUGUUCUCCGUGCCCUACGAUCGAAACCUCUACUCCAACUGGUUUGCUGUGGGGAUCUUUGACAGAGGAAACAACUGCGACUACGAUCUUUAUGAUGUCAUGUACAAUGGAAGUGAAAAUAAUUUUGUAAGAGCAAAGGCUGAUGGCUCCUGCAUUUCUUAUGAGGGCAACUAUGAUGUUAUUGUCAGUGCCUCCAUGUCAGACUCAGGUGAAGCAGUCCUUAGGGUGGAUAUCAGUGAUGCUGGCAUGUAUUAAGGCAAAGGAAGCCAGAUCCUAUCCUAACCAGAUGAUCACAGUAAUUGUAAUAAAAUAUUUCAAUAUAAGUAAAGCUCAAUCAACUGGUCACUAGCUGCAGAGGUGCUUUUUAAUCAAUAUAGUUAACAUAUGAGUUAUACAUGAUUGUAGUCUAAAAAAUGUUGAUUUUUGGUGUGAUUAAAAAAAAGUUGAUGCCUAAAUAAAAAAUACUUUUUGUG